GGGCUCAGAGCGAUCGCGCUGGAGCGGCGGCAGGAGCGGAGCGGGAUCGGGGAUCGCGAUAGCGCCGCGAUAUCUCCGCGAUAUCCCCGCGGUAGCCGCGCUCGGGAUUAUUGCUCUUGGAGUUUGCCUUCUUCUCCUGCGGAUUACAAUUGCACCAUGACCCUGGAGGAGCUGGUGCCUUGCGAUAGCAGCAAGAUGCAGGCGGUGAGCGAGGCGGUGGAGCGGGUGCUGGUGGCGGCGCAGCGGCAGGACCGUCUCACCGUGGGGGUCUACGAGUCGGCCAAGCUGAUGAAUGUGGACCCCGACAGCGUGGUGCUGUGCGUGCUGGCCACCGACGAGGAGGACGAGGGUGACAUCGCCCUGCAGAUCCACUUCACGCUCAUCCAGGCGUUCUGUUGCGACAACGACAUCCACAUCCUGCGCGUGUCGGGCAUGCAGCGCCUCGCUGCCAUCCUGGGCGAGCCCGAGGCGGACUCCGAGCCCCGCGACCUGCACUGCCUCCUGGUCACGAACCCGCACACGGACGCCUGGAAGAGUCAGGGGCUGGCGGAGGUGGCGAGUUACUGCGCCGAGAGUCGCGACAGGAACCAGUGGGUGCCGUUCGUGUGUCUGCAGGAACGCUGAGCCCUUCCCGGCCCCUUCCCGGCCUGGACUCGGAGGAUUAAAAACCUUAAAAAAAACCUAAACAGCAGGAAAAAAAAACCCACAAAAAAAGAAGGAGAAACAGCCAGUUCCAUCCCACAAUGCCCCAAAACCCACCGAUUUUAUUUUUGUUUUGAACCGGAGAGGAGGAAGGGGGAGCGCGGCCGCUGCGGUGGGAAUGGAGGGAGCCGUGCCGAGCCCGCAGGGGGACACUGGAGCCCGCAGGGGGACACUGGCCGGAGCCGGAUGGACACUGGCCGGAGCCGCCGGCCGAGGAGUUGUGCUGGAGCGUGGGCUGGAGCUGGGGAGCCCCGGGUGGGCGCUGCGGAGCGCGGGGGUGACCCCGGAGCUGGACACUGUCGCGAUUUUUGGUAGCUGGGACCUGAUGGAGGCGAGGACUGCAGAAAGCUGGAUUUUUUGGAUUUUUUUUUUUUUUUUUUUUUUUUUUUUUUGGUGCAAAAUCUGUUUUUUUCCAAGGGAUUAUGGACAUCCGCACGGAUGGACCUGCACCCCCCCGGGUGCUGCUUUUGCACUUGGAGACCCUGAGCUGAACCUUUUCCAGAGUUUAUUCUUCUACUGAGCGAGGAACUAAAUUUAUUUGCAAUAAAAUGUCUGACGUUA